AUGAAACUUAACAGGGUUAUAGUGAGGACCUCCAAGAUAUUUUAUAAUGGAUGUUUCAUCCUACCUCCCCACCCCGCUCCGAAGUGGGUAGGGGUGAGAAGGGAUUCCCUGAAUGGAUCUGGCUCUGCCCGUGAAACGGGGCUGGUUGUGCCCAUUAACAUCAAUCUCCAUUUCUUCUCGUUUGCAGUAACCGAACAUGAAGGAGAGGUGCUGAGACUCAGCAAAGUCAGCCGAAUGGACAUGGGGGCCUAUUUAUGCAUCGCUUCCAAUGGCCAUCCCCCAACGGUCAGCAAAAGAAUGUUGGUCAGCGUCGAUUUUCCCCCGAUGCUCUGGAUACCCCACCAGCUCAUAGCGGCGGGCAGGGGCAGCACAGUCGUCCUUGAGUGCUUUACAGAGGCCCACCCCACUUCUCUCAACUACUGGACCAGAGGGGACGGCAACAUGAUCUAUGAUUCAGACAAAUACACUAUAGAAAACCGGGUGGGGAACCCCGAAUACAAGAUCCACAUGCUGCUCACGGUGAAGUACCUCACUUCCGACGACUUCGGUACUUACCGGUGCGUGGCUAAGAAUCCCCGCGGGGAGACGGACGGUACCAUUAAGGUAUACGAUUCGGGACCGCCCAUGACGACCAACGUUCCCUUAACGACCGAAGUCGAAUUGUUCGAGAACAUCAACAAUCAAGUAUGGGAUAAACCUACCCCCCGAACACGCAAGAAGCCUAAUUCCCUGCCUAUAAGUGGGAAGAACGGAGAAAGCGAGGAGAAUAAGCUGAAACUUGAGGAUAACAGUUUAAAUCUUCCAGCCGUCGCAAUGGAUGCAGGUACAACUCUGAGGUGGCCCACAUACAUGCAUCUGCUCCUUCCUGCGAUAUACGUCCUAAGAGACCAUAUCUUUUGAAACACGAGUAAAUAAUUAUGAAUGCAUUAUUACCAACCCUACCUCCUACGUUCAAAAGUCACGGGUGAACACUAUACGUGGAUAAGGAUUCGAAGGACAAUAAGAGACGACAAUCCAGACGAUAUGGUGCACAUCACAGCACGAAAGAGAAGUGGUGACUGAACUCGAAUACAUCGGGCACAUGAAAACAGCCACAUACAUAAAUGUGUAUAAUUAUGAAUGUUUAUCCAUGUGAACACAAAAGACGCUCAAAAACCAUCACUGAAACAGCAGGCUACUGCUUAUAUCAUACAUACAUACAUACAUACAUACAUACAUACAUACAGGGUCGGUGCGUGGAUUUGUGGGCCUCAAUUAGAAAAAUAGAAAUUAAGACGAAUUUUUAAAAGUUAUUUUCCAAAAGAAAAUUCUCUGUUAACAUAGUAAUAUGCAUAAUAAUGUGAGGAAUAAUACUUCCUCAUUCUGCAUUUCGUGUUUUCGGUAGUGGUUUAUUCGUCUUAGAAUAAGGAAAAGGCUUCCAACGGUCACUCA